GACGAGCCUGAUCGGAAUUUCUUUGAGGAAGAUAGCACCAAGUGGGUCCACUAUUACCUGACGGGUCGGGGUAUAGUAUUUGAUGCAUCUCUCUUCGCUAUUCUCUGCUGGAAGUUAUGGAAGAACCGUAAUGGUUGGGUCUUUGAGAAAAUGUUGGCGUCGACCUGGCUGCUGGCUCAUCAAGCGAUUGAAAUGAAGCAGCUGUGUCAGCUGGCCUUCGGCAAAGUGAAGCAAGCCGUGGGCGAUGGAAGGGAGAAGCGAACAGGCAUGGUUGGUUGGGAAAAGCCGCCUCUGGGUUGGACUGCUCUAAAUACAUAUGGAUAUGUAAUAUCAUCCACGGGUAGCGCCACGGCUGGUGGAGUGAUUCGUGACAGCCCCGGCAGAUUCAUGAGAGCUUUCUCAAUCGAUUUGGGGGCUCAUUCCAUCACACACGCGGAGCUGGUUGGGCUCUAUCAUGGAGUGCAUAUAGCUUCGGAGAUGGGAAUCCAGAAAAUGCGCCUGCAGACUGAUUCGAGGACGGCGUUAGCUAUCAUCCAGUCAGACCGGGACAACCACCCCCACCGCACGUUGGAAAAUUCUAUCAUAGAGUUGCUCAACCGGGAAUGGGAGACCACGAUGGAGCAUGUCUAUCAAGAAGGAAAUUAUGUUGCUUAUUUUAUGGCUGAGGUUGGACACUCAUUGAAUACGGGGUUACAUGUAUUGGAUAACCCUGGACCGAGCCUAAGAUACUGGCUCUUGUUUGAUUCUAUUGGCGUCCAAACGCCUCGUAUGAUUAAUGAAUAAGAGUUAGAGUGCCCCUGCGCUCUGUGUUUAACCAAAAUAAAAUAAAGUAAAAUAAAAAUAUGUGUAUCUCACUCACUCAUGUUCCUUUUUCUCACUUUUGAUCGGAGUCUCUCCUAUUUUCUCGACCCAAAUCUCCACAUAUAAAAGUAGUAUGAUAAUUAAGAAUACUACUUCCACGAUAAGUAUUCUUUAAAACUAAUUAGAGAAAAAGAGUAAAUAAUUUAUUUUAUA